AUGACGAUCCGAAGCAGCACCUCGAUAUCCAAGGGGUCCUCCUUCUCGGGCGGGAGCAUCAGUCACAUCAACCUCGGAAACACCAGUGUGCCAGCUCGCGCAAUGACGAACCACGAGCGGUACAACCUCGUUCGACAGAAUACUGGCUACCCCCACAUCAUCGCCUACAUCAUCACCUUCCCCGCUCACGCCCUUCCCUCCCGCGAGCACCUGGAGAACCGUGUCGCCGACCUCCAGCGUAAGUUCCCGAAGCUUUACGCCCGUAUCGUGAACGCCCGAACGAACAAGCCUGCCUUUGCUGCGAACGGAUCACCAUGGGACGCCGCGGACAUCAUCAACGAGGGAACAUACACGCCCGCCAAGAUCGAAGCUAACGAGGCCCCCGGUAUCUUGCGUGCCGAGAUGGAGAGGUUUGAGUCACUUGACUUUGACCAUGUUCCUAUGUGGACCCUGACGCUACUCUACGGCCCACCGGGCGUGCCCCGAGCGUAUCUGAUCGGAAUGUUCAACCAUCUGAUCAUCGACGGACGAGGAUCGCUGGCGCUGAUGCACGCUCUGCUGGCGCGAAACACGGAGAACCUGCUGCCCGAGACCUUUGAGUCCCCACGGCGGUUCGACGACACGGUCAACAUCAAACCGGGAAUAACGUACCUGGCCCCGGAAGUGUUCCACGAGCUCCUUCUCCCCAAACUUCCGAAAGGCUUCCAGUCGACAUUCGGUAAGAACGAUCUCGCUUGGCCCGGUACCAAUGUCAACCUGUCCCCCUUCGCCAGCGGAUGGAGCAUGUGCCACGUAUCUGUACCUACUGGGACUGUAGCGCGUCUGAAAGCCCAAGGCAAGCGGUACGGCGUCAAGACGCUGCACCCGGUGCUCAAGAUGGCCUACCUCGCAGCCCUGUGGCGUACGUUUGGCAACAACUCGACUCAGCACUUCAACGCCAUGACGAUGCGUGACGAGCGUGACCCGUCGCUGGGCCACUCGCAGCUCACCGGCAUCUACUCGUCGUCUACCGAGCACCACGUCCACGUGAACGGCAAGGACCGGUUCUGGAGCUGUGCGCGCAAGAUGGCCGCCGAGCUCAAGUCGAAGAAGGCGAUCGCGGACGGCCGCUACAUCAUCGGUGUCAUGUCCCACCUCCCGGACCCCGAGGUCGACCCCAAGUCGCCCGACUUUGACCCCAAGGCGCCGACCGGCUGGGAGAAGUACUUCCUGCGCCGCACGAUGGGCCCCAUCCCGUACCGCCAGAGUCUGGCCUUCAGCAACAUGUGCCAGACGAGUCUGCCCGAGGGCGCGACCGACCUCAUGUGGGCGCAGACUGCGAGCCCGAUCGCCCCCGCCUUCUCCGUCAAUGUGAUCUCGCACGAGAACGGUCUCCGUCUCACUGCCACGUUCCGCGAGAACUCGGCUGCGACAAAGUAUCAGACCGAUCUCAUGCACAAGACGUGGCUGCGGUGCAUCGACCGCAUCAUCACGACCGAGGGUGACCGCACCAUUGCUGAGCUUACUGCCGACAACUCGGGCGAGAGCGCUUGGAUCUAA